AAUUUGUUAUUUCAAUAUUUGAAAAAAAAAAUCAGUUCAAUUUUAAUUGUUGUUCACUUUAAAAUCUUUUCGGGAAAUAAACCAAACGACUAUUGUUUUGUGUUUUGUAGUAUGUACAGUUGUUUGGUGUAAGUGUAUUUGAAAUUUCAAAUUAAAUUUGUUAUUUAAACUUUUUGAAGUGCUUUGUUGUGUGCUUUAAUUAUUGUUGUUCCAUAUUAUAUAUUUAUAUACCAGAUUGUAUAUUUUGUGAAGAGUUCGGAAUCGAGUAUUAUACAUAAUAUAAAAAAAAUGGUGACACAAAGAGAGGAACCUAUUACUACAGUAACCAAAUUGGAGAAUCAAAUCCAGGGUGUAAAAUAUACGUUAUUUUGUCUGAAUAUCAUAACAUGGAUAAUUGGAGCAGGGUUGUUUUCUGUCUCAAUUUGGUUACGUGUAGAUCCAGGCCUAGAUGAAUGGGUUUCUAAAUUGGAAUUGGGCAGUUAUUAUAUUGGGGUUUAUUUGCUAAUGGUUUUAUCAGUGCUAGUGCUUAUAGUCAGCUUUGUGGGUUGUGCUGCAGCUUUAACUGAAAUUUAUACAGUUAUACUUGCGUAUAUUGGUACACAAGUAUUUGGUUUCAUAUUUGGAAUUAUUGGAACAGCUAUAUUGAUGAAUUACAGUACAGUUGGUUCAAGUAUUCAACCACUAAUACGUGAUGUAAUGUUACGUUUAAUUAUGGAAUCACGUUAUGAAUGGCAACAAGAAACAUUGUCAAUUAUUCAAGAAAACGUUGGAUGUUGCGGUGCAGAUGGACCCAGAGAUUAUCUGGUUCAUAAACAGCCUUUACCAUCAGAAUGUCGAGAUGCAGUUACCGGUAAUGCAUAUUUUCAUGGAUGUGUUGAUGAAUUAACUUGGUAUAUGCAAAGCAAAUCAAUUUGGAUAUGUGUUGUAGCAAUGAUUUUGUGCUUCUUGUUUGUAAUAAAUGCAGUUUUAUCUGGCAUUUUGUAUGAAGCAUUGAAAAAAGAAGAACGCGAAUCAGUGGAAACAACUCACUAUACAACAAAUAAACGUUUUAAUUAAAAAAUUAAAUGUACGUUGUUUUCAUAACGUACACCUACCUACUAUUUAAUAUUAUUUUUUAUCUUAUAUAAAUAUUAUAAUACACAUCUAACAACUAUGAAAAAUUCUUCUAUCUAGCCUGGCUAACGCAGCAAAAUCCGUACAAUUUUUUAUUACACGUCAGAGCUUCAAUGAAACCUGGUAGAAUGCGUUGUUUGGGCUGUUUAUAAAAAUGAACGACAAUAAUAUAGUGUACUUUCCCUCGUUAGACCAAACGUGUUAACUUUUGGUUCAUUCUGCACAUUUUCAUUUCUCUCUAUCGAUUUUCUAUCUUAAAGAUAUCGCCGUUACAAAUAUAUCACACUUUCGCGGUAUUGGGUAAAAUCAGUUAGAUUUUUAACUUCCCACUAUAGGAAGUUAUUGUAAUGGGUCCGAUUUUCGAAAUCAAAAUUUUCA